ACACGGAGCGAGAGGCUGAGAGAGUCGGAGACACUAUCCGCUUCCAUCCGUCGCGCAGACCCUGCCGGAGCCGCUGCCGCUAUGGAUGAUCGGGAGGAUCUGGUGUACCAGGCGAAGCUGGCCGAGCAGGCUGAGCGAUACGACGGAUAAAAUACUUUUUCGCAGCAGCUGGGAAAAUGCUGCAGGAUGUUUUGUUCUCUUCUUGCUGUUCUCUUCUAGUGCAAGUGGCUUUCCAUGAUGAAAUGGUGGAAUCGAUGAAGAAAGUAGCAGGGAUGGAUGUGGAGUUGACAGUUGAAGAAAGAAACCUCCUAUCUGUUGCAUAUAAAAAUGUGAUUGGAGCCAGAAGAGCUUCUUGGAGAAUAAUCAGCAGCAUUGAACAGAAAGAAGAAAACAAGGGAGGAGAAGACAAACUAAAAAUGAUUCGGGAAUAUCGGCAAAUGGUUGAGACUGAGCUAAAGUUAAUCUGUUGUGACAUUCUGGAUGUACUGGACAAACACCUCAUUCCAGCAGCUAACACUGGCGAGUCCAAGGUUUUCUAUUAUAAAAUGAAAGGGGACUACCACAGGUAUCUGGCUGAAUUUGCCACAGGAAAUGACAGGAAGGAGGCUGCGGAGAACAGCCUAGUGGCUUAUAAAGCUGCUAGUGAUAUUGCAAUGACAGAACUUCCACCGACGCAUCCUAUUCGCUUAGGUCUUGCUCUCAAUUUCUCCGUAUUCUACUAUGAAAUUCUUAAUUCCCCUGACCGUGCCUGCAGGUUGGCAAAAGCAGCUUUUGAUGAUGCAAUUGCAGAACUGGAUACGCUGAGUGAAGAAAGCUAUAAGGACUCUACACUUAUCAUGCAGUUGUUACGUGAUAAUCUGACACUAUGGACUUCAGACAUGCAGGGUGAUGGUGAAGAGCAGAAUAAAGAAGCGCUGCAGGAUGUGGAAGAUGAAAAUCAGUGAGACAUAAAAGCCAACAAGAGAAACCAUCUCUGACCACCCCAUUCCUUCCCAUCCCACCCCCAUUGGAAAUUCCCCCAUUGUCACUGAGAACCACCAAAUCUGACUUUUACAUUUGGUCUCAGAAUUUAGGUUCCUGCCCUGUUGGUUUUUUUUUUUUUUUUUUAAACCGUUUUCAAAAGUUCUUAAAGGCAAGAGUGAAUUUCUGUGGAUUUUACUGGUCCCAGCUUUUAGGUUCUUUAAGACACUAACAGGACUGCAUAGAGGCUUUUUCAGCAUUACUGUAUUGUCUCCUGCCAGGUGGGGCAAGAUCACCAUUAGAAAUGGAAAUGAUAUUUGAAAGCUAUUAGACUUCUAGGUGACGCGAGCAUCUAAGAGAGAGGUUAAUCACACUAUGAGGCAUUGUGGUAUUAUUUUUCCUUUUUCUAAUUGUUUAAAUUGAAUUUUAUACCAAUGUUUAAAAUUAAUUGGGUGUUAGCUUGAGGUGGUUAAAAGUUGUUCGGAGAGUUGUAAUGGUUUUGCUGUAAAAAGUGUUUCAAACUCUGCUGAAAUGUUGCUGAAAAGCAUGGUGCUGGUAACAGUUCAACAAUCCGUGGCUGCUCAUUCUUGCCUACUUUUACUCUCCCUCUAAAGCAGGUUAGCAUUGAAGGUGGUAUGGAAAAGCCUGCAUGCGUGUUCAAUUCUUUGUUUCUUCUCCUUCCUUCUCCCCCCCGGGCCCCCCCUUCCCUACUUCGCUCGCUCAACCUCUUUUGUUCAGUAUGUGUAACUUGAAGCUAAUUUGUACUACUGGAUAUCUGACUGGAGCCACAGAUACAGAAUCUGUAUUGUUCUUACUGAAACACAGCAUGGAAUUAACAUUAAACUUAAAUAAAACAAACCUAAAUUAAAAAUGCCAAA